ACUUCUCAACGGUCACACUGGUCGGAAAAGUGAAGAAAAGAAAAAACAAAACAGGCUGCGAAAAAAACAUUUCGAACGCAAAUUAAUUGCCGAGCUAGCAUUUAACAGCAGUGUCAGCGCAUUCCUUCCUCAAAUCCAGGCUCCCGACUGAGGAUAGAUACAAAUUAAGCCAUUAAAAAUCGUGUCAAGCGCUGCAAUAUGUCGUCCGAGGAGCUGGCGCCAAUCAACGAGCAGGACCUCAAGGAUCUGAAGGAGCGCAUGAAAUUGAUUGUCGACGCUGAUCCAAAGCAGUAUCAAAAUGAGUUUUCGCUACGCCGCUAUCUGCGCGCCUUCAAGACCACGGAUGACGCAUUCCAGGCCAUCCUAAAGACCAACAAAUGGCGCGAGUCUUAUGGCGUGGAUAAGCUGGUCGAUAUGGAUCGCAGCCACAUGGAGAAGAAGGCUCGAGUCCUGCGCCACCGCGACUGCAUCGGUCGUCCUGUCAUCUAUAUUCCGGCCAAGAAUCACAGCUCGGAGCGGGACAUAGACGAGCUGACCCGCUUCAUUGUGUACAACCUUGAGGAGGCCUGCAAGAAGUGCUUCGAGGAGGUGACCGAUCGCCUGUGCAUCGUCUUCGAUCUGGCCGAGUUCAGCACCAGCUGCAUGGACUACCAGCUGGUUCAGAAUCUCAUCUGGCUGCUGGGCAAGCACUUCCCAGAGCGUCUGGGCGUCUGCUUGAUUAUCAACUCGCCGACACUGUUCUCCACCGUUUGGCCGGCCAUUCGUGUCCUGUUGGACGAUAAUACCGCCAAGAAGGUCAAGUUUGUGGCUGAUGAGGUGGAGCUGUGCCAGUACCUUAUCCCAGACAUCCUGCCGACGGAUAUGUAAGGCAUGGACCAAGGAUCAGGCGUCACUUAGUCUUAGACAUAUCUUCAAAAAAAAAAAAGAAAACAAAUACGACCCGAAUCCAGUACCGAAGACACGCAGCUUCUGAGAGAGCUUCUAACCCCAGUACAGUACUCGUCAUAUGUGUAAAUCGAUGUGUUAAACAAGUUGAUUGUAAAAUGUAUUUUAUUGGACACAACACUAUUAGUACAAUGGCAAACUAUUUUAGAUAAAGGUUUUUCUUGUUUACGGCAA